CACAGGUCCUCUGCCUGGCCAUACACACAUACACACAUACACACACACACACACACACACACACACAGUCCCAGUCAAAGAGACAGCACAAAAACAAAAAAAUUGUAUCCGAAAAUUGAGAAGAAAAACUUUGAUUGAUUUUUCCAGCUUGUGCACACACUUUGUAAAUUUCCCGCUACGGAUUUUCCAUGGUAUUUCGUAUAGACUUUUUGACGUUUUUUUCUUCUAUUUUUUGUGGCUACUCAACGCUUGCGGUUUAUUGUGUGCCGGCACGGGCGUGCGUGCGUGCGUGCGUGCGCGCGUUAUUUCGUUUCGUAUGCUGCGACUUUUUACGGUUCACGUUCACGUUCUUUUUGCUAGCUGGCGGCGUCCAACCACACACGGCAACUGAAGCAGCGAUCGGCCGCCGAGAAGCAGCAGCAGCAGCAGCAGGCGUCGAGCAGCAGUCGGCGUCGAAGUCGACGUCAACGUCAGCAGAUCGGCAAGCUGUGCGCUUUGUCACCUCAGCCUUGUGCUGCCUCUUGUUGCGCUGGUUGUUUGCGGUGUGCGUCAGCAAUCCGGAACUGGAACUCCAGCUGCAGCUGCCCUGCCCUGCCCUGGACAGUACUGACAACGAAGACAGCAACAACAACAACAACAACAUCGACAGCAUUAUGGUAGACAUUUUUAUGAUCUAGCCGAAAAAUUGAGUGGCCAUCGGAAGUCAAUCAGGUUGCAGCUAUGCAUAUACAUACGCAUUCUAGAAACACACUCGACUCAUGCCAGUUUCAAAUUGGAAUGCAAUGGGAAUUCGUCAAAUGCAACGGACUCUAUUUGCAGCUAAACCAAAUUUCUAGAAUCUAAUCAACUCUCGUUUAAAAUUGUAAGCUUAUCGAAACUUAUCUAAAACUCAAAGAAGAGUCUAGACAACAGCUCUUCGAAUUUCACGCCAAAAUUAAUGUGGCAAUUGAUCAAGGUUUUUCAAAUUUAAUUGGUGUUUAAUAUUCAAAAUUCAUGCCAAUCAUUAGAU